UCGCAGUCUUUUCGUGUCUGCGUGAAGCUCAACAGCAGCCUCCUAUCAAACUGUUGAUAAGCCUCGAGUAGUUUGCAUUCAUUAACCUAGAAAUCGUAGUUCGCAAAUGCAACUUUUUUGUCAUAAACUACUUUACUCUUGGACUCGUUGACGUGACCGGCCACAUCUUAUAAUCAGACUGGGUAUUAACCUUUAACAGACUUUUAAAAUUAUUUAGGUGUUAAAUAUUUCGUAGUACUUUGGCCAAUACUUAUGGACACGAUAAGGUGUUUAAUAGAUCGCUCAAUUCUGAUUGGUGGAAAUCUUGAGAUAAAUUAGAAACUUUAUUCCUCAUUGGUUAAUCUGCGAACACGCCCCCCUUCUCAAGAGAGGCUUGACCUAAAAUCUUUUUCAUUCUUGAAAAGAUUUAUGUUGAUGAUCAGCUGAACUGUACAUUUAAGUUACGUAUAAAAUGAAUAAUUAGUCUCAGCAUUUAAGCGUUAGGUAACAUUUUAAUACACGAAGGUAAUCAACGAAAGAUUUUCUCGAAGAAAAAUUAAACUCUUUGACCCAAUAGUCUCUACCCUUCAGUAAACAAACAUGGCAGGAGUAACCAAUUCAGGGAAGAGACUCGUCCGCUCCAAAUCUGGGCUGAGAAUAAUACCCUUAAAGGACACAGACAGGAGUCCGUUUGAGUUGAGAGAACCGGAAUGGAUCCCCGACAAAAUGAGCCCAACUUGUAUGGACUGCAAGGAAAAGUUUGACUUUUUAAAACGAAGGCACCACUGUCGGAGGUGUGGGCGGGUCUGCUGUGCUUCCUGCUGUGAGACCCGACUGGCACUCCCUAGGAUGUGCUUCCUGGACCCGGUGCGGAUGUGUUCCCCCUGCGCAGAGACCACCUCAAAGGAGAACUUGUUUUAUAACAAGGACCUGAAGACACUCAUUACAGGAGCCAUCUUAAGUCAGAGUGCACAGGAUCAGUUUGACUUAGAAUCAUGCUUGGUGCAGUGCCGAUUGUCUCCCGAUCACCGAUACUUGAUACUGUCCGGAUCACAACUUGAUAACCUAACACCAUUGUCCAUACCAAUGCACAGAGUCACAGGCCUUCAUGUUGCCAACAGAUUCCAGGAUUCAGCAGGCAACUUCAAGGUAACAGGGGUGACUGUUCAGUAUACACUAGCUGGAGAAGACGAAGAUGAGGUUUCCAUUUCCGCUCCUCCUGAUGCUUCGCCCUCUGCCUAUGAUUUCCUAACAGCACUGGAAAAGGCUGUCUUCAUGAUGCAGGAGGCCCGUGCUGUAAUAGGCAUAGCAGAGUGAGUGACAUGGGCAAUGGGCAAAGAGCCCAAAAGGGGUAAAGGGUAAAGAUAACAGAUAUACUGGAGAUUAUGGCAUUGGUUUGCUAGCUCGAUUCCAGAUAGUUUUUGAUGUUUUGGCUUGGAGAAGAUGUGUGUUUUUUGCAUGGUGGUGGGAAGUUGUAGUAAUUUCCUAUGACUGUAACAUCAUGGAAAUAUAUAUCGGUUAUUGAGAUAUGUAAAGAAUGUGAGAAUUGAGUGAGCCACCAUUUACAUUCACUUUUCAGUACAUACAUUAUUUCCAGGUAUGAGAGAGUAUCAUGUAUAUAAUCCCAAUAAAAGACCCAUUGUUCUGUGAUUAAAGGAUAGAUUAGGUAUAUGUAACUUCUAUAAGUUUUUUAUUGGUGCUUUAUCCUUUCACUGUAUAAUGUCUGUAAGGGAUGUAUAUUCGCUUAUAUAUUAUGGCUCACUUUGUCUUUUAUCUUGUAUAGUACAUACAGAUUUUGUAAUAUAUAUUUUGUCAAUGAGAAUAUAGUCUUGUUAUUCUUAUAUGUUUGUGAAACUUUCCAUUGCCUUCAAGUUGCAUAUAAAGAGUUCAUGAAACACACAUGUGUUUGAAAGGGAGAAUAAUGAUUAGAUGGAUUAGAUCUAGAAUGAUUUUUUUUACCAUUCUUUAAGCUGUUCUCAGUGUACUGGGUUUCAUCUAAGGAAUAGCAAAUAGUAAAUUUCCUCUUUAUCCUUAUAAUGUUAAGUGUAGUCCCCCUGCUUCCUAGCUCAUCACUCAGCAUGUCAGCGUGUGAAUUGGCGGUUUUGACUCGUGUAUCUGAGGUACAUCCACUAUGAGGAGGUCCUGUAUGUUUCAGAUUCAUGAGUCAAAGCUGGUGGCUCACACACUGGUUGCAUUGAGUAGUCAACUUGAUAUGGAGGGACUGGCUUUUGCUAUGAAUAGAGGAUGUUACUAGAGAACAUACAUGGGAAAUGGAAGGACUAAAACUGGUGGUCUUAUAUCUUAUAUUUUCCUGUACUCACAUUUUCAUGAAAAGUAGUCAGCAGUGUCAUCCGAUAGGUUAUAAAAAUGGCAGUCAUUUUUUUUGUCUUGCCAUUUUCAGGAACAUUAUUUGAAACUUCAUAUAAUAUUGAUCAACCUAAUGCCUCCAGGAACAUGCAAUGUCCGUUGUAUUUUUAUUUAUGAAAUGUCUUUAGAAAUAUAUGGCUCCACAAGGGCUCAGCCACCAAGGAGUUAAUUAGUAGGAUUAUGCGACCUCACCUUAAGUUUUCUUGAUUUUUUUAAAGAUACUAUUUGUCCAUCUUGUUAUUAUUAUUAUAAUUAUUAUUAUUAUUAUUAUUAUUAUUAGCACUAUGAAUAUUCCAGUGUUGUUAAGAAUAUUAAUAGUAUUAUGAUUUUUUUACAAAUAUAUCUGAAGGUCAAGGAAAAGGGUAGACAGAUGAGAUAGGUAGGGCUGUUAAGUGACUCCUUGCUGACUUAGUACCUGAUAUGUGUUGCCACAAUUAGUAACCUAAAUUCACAAAUAAUAAGUUAAACAUACAUGUUAUCCCUGAUGGCAAUGGGUUAAAUGUGAUAUUCACCAAGCUACAGAUAGAACGGUAGAGUAUUGGCAUGGUACCUCUGAGACGAGCAGAUUUUACAGCUAAAUAGGAUUCAUUAGAUUUGUAAUUUUUUUUUU